UCUAAAAUUUUAUUCUCCCGCCUCUUCUCUUUCUUCUUCUCAAACUUUCUGCAUUUUUACACCAUUACCACACUACAAUUCCAUCUUCAAUUUCCUAGAGAGAGAAAAUAAAAUGGAAAAUACUGCAUCCAUUCCUGGGUCGAGGCAACUGAAUUUGAAGAAAUCGUUCAACCGCGGCUUGCGUUCCUUGCUAACCGCCUGCUCCGACGAGGAAUUCCGUAAAGCUUUUCCGAUCUGUACUGCAGCUGAGCAGGAUGGCCUCCACCGACUCUUUAUUCAGGUCAUCUCUUCUCUGCAUGAAGAUAUUGAGGAAGAAUUUGAAUCAAUAUUUGUCGAGACACAGGCAGGACCAGUUCUUGACCAUAUAGAGGAGUUAGUCGAAGAACAUAAUCUGGAUCCACUACUUACAAAGAAGAGUAAUUUAGAAGAAACGGCUCAAAACUUGUCGGACAUGAAGAAAAAUGAGGUCAACCAUCUGACGGGGCUCUUGGAAAAGGCAGAAGAACAAAAGCGCAAACUGAAAGCACGUCUUGAACUCCUCAAGAAAGAAAAGCAAGACUUUUCUGGAGUCGAAAAAUUUGUGCAAGAGUUAAGGACGAGAAUAUGAACUGUGACACCAGUCUGUGAAUUCGACCAACUUGAAGAUUGUACUAUAUUCUACUGAGAUUGAAGCUUCAGACCAAUGAUUAUAUAUCUAGGCCUUUAUUAUGCCCAAUUUGGUAGUGAAUAUUAGGGGUAUGUAUUCAUCUUUUGCACAUUCUUUUGAAGCUUUUACAGUUACUUUGUAUUAUGAUCUUUUUUGCAUUGGCUUCUAUUUCCUUCCUAUUUAAAUCUCUCCAACAGCGUCACAGUCAAUGCAGGUUCAAUAACAUCUCAUGCUUUUUGAACGGCUCAAAAAGGUACUACGUGUACAUAUACAUAUGGUUGACUUUUUCAUGGUUGCGGAACUUAUUAAUUUGUUACUAGCAGUUGACAAAAGUAGAAAGCUUAGUUGGCAUCAAAAGUGCGUUAUGAGAUACGACCUUUAAUAUACCACUAUAAAAUAGCAGUUGACAAAGUAGAAAGCUUAGUUGGCUUCAAAAGUGCGUCAUCAAAUACGACCUUGAUAGAACUAUAAAAUAGAAGUUGACGAAAUAGAAAGCUUAGUUGGCAUCAAAAGUGCGUUGUUGAAUACGACCUUGAUAGAACUAUAAAAUAGAAGUUGACAAAAUAGAAAGCUUAGUUGGCAUCAAAAGUGUGUUAUGUAUUACGACCUUGAUAGAAAUAUAAAAUAGAAGUUGACGAAAUAGAAAGCUUAGUUGGCAUCAAAAGUGCGUUAUGAGAUACGACCUUCGUAGAACUAUAAAAUAGCAGUUGACAAAGUAGAAAGCACAGUUGGCAUCAAAAGUGCGUUAUGAGAUACGACCUUCGUAGAACUAUAAAAUAGCAGUUGACAAAAUAGAAAGCACAGUUGGCAUCAAAAGUGCGUUAUGAGAUACGACUUUGUUAGACUGCAAAAUUAUUUGACCGAAUCAGAGUCCUAAGAAAAGCAGAAUCUAGUUGAACGCAGUCACGAUUUGCCAAGUUGAUACCUACUUGUGAAUUCUUUUUACAUCUGCAAUAAAGUCAAUGCCUCUUGUUAUUAGAUACGAAUCUGUCAUUAGAUACGGAUCUUGAUUCCCGAGGAUGCUGCACUUGCCGUAUUCACACACAAAACACACACACACACACAUGGGUGUGUGUGUGUGUGUGUAGAAUGGGCUGUGGAUUUCGACUGGACGAAUAAACUGUAAGUAGACCCUUCAUAUGCUGUGAUUGUCCUUUGUAUAUAAUACUACAUGAUGAGUUUAUGGUCAGCUCAAUCAUAUGUUAUUAUUCUAUGUUCUAUGUCUCCCUCGUUUAUAAUAACAUUGUACAUUACAUGGCUGAGAAAACGAUACGUGUACACACAACACCUGGAGCAUCUAAGGAGCAAAUUCUUUAGAUAUUUAAGACUUAUUAUCACGCAAUAUAUAAUUCCACUUAAUAUUAUCAUCAAGUAGCUGAUGAGUUGGUGAAAAUGUGCGUAUUCUUUCUGAUAGAUUAGUUUAACAAUCAGAACUACGCAACUAGGGCAUGAAUCUAGCUGACAUGUACAAGGACUGACAAACAUUAUUGGGGACAAUUACGAAAGCGUGUUUAGCUGAUUUGUACUCUGAACUUUUUGCUUUGUCGUAUGUUUUACACAAAUGUUUAUCACGUUAGUUAGACUUACGGCGAUUGACCUUUUUGUGUUAAGCCAUUGUUUAAUCGUUUGUGUGCCAGCGUUUUGACAUGUCCGUUUUGUCUGAUCCCGUACUUAGUUUAAUAUUAAUCUGUACUUUAGGAUGAUUGAAUCUAUUGUACAAAGUCAUUGAACCAUCUAGUGGCCAGCUUGUAUCUAUUUAUUUAUGUUCUU